AUGCUCUUUCCUGCUCUGCUUGAGCUCACCCUGCACAACAUCGACUUCGAGUGGAGCACGGCGUUCCUCAACAUGCUCUCCCCCCCAAUUCUUCAGGCCCUGUCUAUCCGCUGCCAACCGGGCCACCCGUUGCCGCUCCCCAUCGUCCUUCACGCCCUCUGCCUGUCAAUCGCCGGGUUGCCCUCAGCCAAAGCUAUCACCGGCAUCUACAUCAUUAUCGGAGGUAUGAUAGGUGAUGACUCGGCCAGAAUUUCCGACACAUACGAGAUUUAUUGGUCUGAAGACAUCGCCCCACUGUUCGCGCUGACGGAAUUGCGGGGCCUUACUGUCACCGGGCAGUGUGUCGUCGUCGCCGACGACUGCGCACUGGCGACCAUGUCGCAGAACUGGUCGCAGCUAGUCAUCCUCGUCCUCGACUGGGCUUGGAACAUGCACGUCCCGCUACAGCACCACCGCUCGCCCGAGGACGAGGACUUCCCCCGCGCAACGGCGUGGGGCCUGCUACAGCUCGCACGGGGCUGUCCGCGUCUGUUCAGGCUGACGCUCGCGGUCGACCUGCGGCUUGGACCCCUCCAUAACCUCAACGCUGACCUCGAACGUACCCUCAUUCCUCCCGUGCCCCUCUACGGGGACGCAGUGUCUGAGCUAGUGGAGUUCCAGUCAAAGGGCUCCCUGUUGAGCGACACGCUCACCGUCGCGUCGUUUCUUUCGCUGGUUUUCCCUGGACUCCAGACCAUCCAUAAUCCGUCGCAGGAGUGGCUUGCGAUAGACAGAGAACAUAAGCGGCUUGUACGGGUGCGGGCGCAGGAGCGGGAGUUCGGGCGGAGGGCUGGGAGGCAGUACCGGUUGCCGGACGUGAUAGUAUAA